AUUCUUCGACUAUUUGAUCAAUCCGGAUUCCCCCCGACUGUGAACUAUUUAUUCCUUGGCGAUUAUGUGGAUCGUGGUCAGCAGAAUUUAGAAUGCAUAGGAUUGAUAUUUUGUUACAAGGUUGGUUUCAAGUCGCAGAUCAAAUAUCCUGGUAACUUUUUCGCCCUCCGUGGAAAUCACGAAUGCUCACCAAUUAAUCGUGUUUAUGGAUUUUUUGAAGAAUGCAAUCGACGGUAUCAGAGCACUCGAUUGUGGUUGCAAUUCCAGCUCAAGUCUCUUGAACAACUCCGGAAUAUAACUCGCCCUAUAGAUCCGCCAAAUCCUUCAUUACAUAUCGAUUUACUAUGGAGCGAUCCUGACAACUACACAAAGGGAUGGGCAUCAAAUUCUCGAGGUGUAUCGUAUGUUUUUGGCAAAGACGUGGUGUUCGAAAUGAAUUCCAUUCUCAACAUCGAGUUGGUCGCCAGAGCUCAU